AAUCAUUAUCAAAUUCUUUUAACAACUUAAUUUUCUUUUUCAAAAUGUCAAUUUUCUGUCGAAAUGUCUAUUUGGAUGGUGUGGAUAUAGCUACAUGCAUUUCACCAUUUGCAGAAUUUCCAUGUUCCUUACCAUUCAAGAAAAGUCAACACCAACAUAUAUUCGGUUUUCUCAGGACAAGCAACUAUGUAUAAAAAGGCAGAGAACACCUUCAAGAUGCUAGUACUUUAAAUCAGACAUCAGUAUCUAACAACUGCCUUAGCAAGCAAAGCACAUUAGCAUCAUGUGGUGUUUAUGGAAAGAAAGGAAUUGGACAAUAGCAAAUCUUCCUCUUGUGAGACACUUAGAAAUGAGUCACCUCCCUAGUGCUGGAUUGAGCUUUAAUGAGAACAUAAUUCAAAGGCGUUCUGCGAGCAGAGAUUUUCCUCAAGUAGAGAAGUGCAGGAGUUCGAGGGACUUUGGCCGUCUAGCUGGGGUAAGAGCAUUUCAAGGACAAGAAGAACACAAGCAAGCGAAAGAAUAAUAAAGAGAAAAGAUGGGGCUGCAUGGCUGCAGCGCCACUGGCGAGCUCAACGAGGAGAAAUUCAGCCAUCCGAUGCCAUGGAUCGGCCUCUACAUAGCUGGAGGUUCACUGGUGUGUGCGCUUUUCAUGGCAAUCGACGCCUUUCAUGGGUUCCGUCAGCGGAAGCUCUGGUUCCCUUGCAAGUUCUUCUCACUCAACGCCACUUCCUUAACCUUCUUAUCCAUCGCUACAAAACUGCCUGUGGAUCUGAACACAUCCAUGCCACGCCGUGAAGAACAGCUUGCCAAGCUCAGCGGCAGCAUCCUGAUUUGCACUACAAUGGGCAACUUCAUGACCUCUCUAGGAACUAUGAAGGACUCUGAAAUGCUCUCGAACGUUUUUGCCUUGGCUAUUUUUGUGAUCACUGUUGUCGUUAAUGUCGCUAUUCAAAUGGGUACUGGCGUGAUCUAUGCUUUCUUACCCGAACAUGCUGUAAUCUUGUUUUUCAUGAUCAUUUUGCUUGUGAUCUUGGUUUCUUCCUCUUUAACAGUUCCAACAGCUAAGCAGCUGCUGGAAAAACAGUAUGAUAAGAAGCAUGCACUAGCUUCUGCUGGAGCGGAGGCGUCCAACGUUCAUAAAUUGACAGAGGCUGUAAAAAAGUAUUGGAUGUUGGCUCAUACUAGUAGUCCUCAGUACGUUCUAGGACGCUCGGCUACUUGCACUGCUUCAGGAGCUUUCUGCCUCCUCAGUGCACUGAUUUUAUUGGAAGCUUCAGUCAGAUCCUCAUCCUUGCACUUCUGCAAGGGGGAAUCCGACUAUACGUGGUCAAGUAAAUUGAUAUUAAUUUCUCAGGCGAUUGCAGUUGGAGUUGGUACCAUUGCCCCAGCUAUUAGAUGGUUCAAUGCUAUUAGCUUCAGAAGGCCAGAUAGUCGAAGAAGAUGCAGAGAUGAGUUUAAGGUAGAGGAGUACUGGUUUGAGAGCCUGACAGAAUGGAAAGAAAUCCCUUUACCAUUCAGCAUUAGUAGCAGGCGGUUUAGAAAAAUCACCCAUGUCUCAAAAAAUCUAAUUCUGGAUGCCUGUAUCGGAAUGCAAAUUGCAGUAGUAGUAGUCUGCAAGUUCGUUGGGCUGGCUUCUAUACUGCCAGUGAGUUGGCUUAGACUCUUCUCCUGCUGGAAGCGACAUGGGAGUUCGAAGUCAGAGAACUUGCAGGAUUUUGUGUUGCAUCUGAAAGGGGAGGAAGAUUCGGUCCAUCUAAUCAUGAAAAGCGGCCGCCGAGACACGGAGCAAUGGAUUGCGAGGGGCAAGAAACAUGAACCUACUCAUCUGAUUGAACUUCUAAAAUCAUCUUCAUCAGAAGGUUUCAAUGGCGUGGCUGAGUUCGAUCGCGACCAGGUUCUACCAAUUGGGGAGAAUCUUCCAAACUGUUGGGCUUUGCCCGUGGUUACUCUCACAAGUAUCGCAAUCGCACUUCCCGACAUUGAUAAAAGUAUAAUUAGAUCGUUAUGGCAUGCCGUAGAUAAAGGCCUCAGGUAUGUAAGGCUCAUAGAAAAGAACCUGGAUGUAAAGGGGUUGAGUAACAUGAGAGAGGCAGCUGAUAUACUCUGGCUUGGUAUUGACAUUUAUGAUAAAUGGCUUGACCAUGAUCUCCGAAAAUUAGUCACUGAAGAAAAACAGACAGAGAAGAUUAUCAGUAAACUUGCAGAUAUUGGAAAGGAAAUCAUUGAUAAGUUCGAAGCUGGGGGCGAGGGAGACAAAAGUCACCUUGAAUGGCCUACAAUGGUAUUGGCGGCCAAUUCGAUGUACCGGAUUUGUGAGACUAUUCUACAGGACCACAGAAACAAGGUUGGGAGUCCUGACACCUUAUUCAAAUGGUUACAAACAACCAUUGCGGACAUAUUGGGGGCUUGCCUUACCAACCUACCUCGUGUGAUAUCCAUGGAAUGUUUCUGCUGCAGCAUUGAAGUGAGGGAAGAAAGAACCAGGAAUAUGGCGUAUAUUCUCGGUGAAGCUGAAGCUAUUCUGACAAUUUUAAGUAAGCAUAAGUUCUCAGAUUUGAGCGAUUCUCAGAGAGCAGAUAUUGACGAAUGGCGUUCGAGAAAGCAGGGAGAAUGUUUAGCUUAA